GUUCAGACUUUCAUUCCAACGGACUAGUCGAUAUCACUUUCGGGAUAGUUUGGUAACAUUGUGUUACCGUUGAUACUUUUCAUGCGAUUUCAACGGCUUAAAUGUAGCCUUCACACUGACAGCGACUAAUGACACGAUUCAAUCGGACAUACUCAAGAAAGAGUAGAUUGAUCUUCCCUGACAUGAUGUGGCGCGCGUUUUUCGUGUUACAAUGCGAGCCGGUUUGUCUCAACUCCGGCACUCAAAUUCUCACUCCCAGGCGGACAUAUAUAAUGAACCACUAGCACCUCCGAAUAAUCAUCGUCUCCAGAUACAAUGUCUACACCUAAAUUCAGGAUCGCUAUCUGUGGAGGAGGGGUAGGUGGUUUGACACUAGCCGUUGCCUUGUCCCGGUACCCGGAUAUUGUCGUCGACGUGUACGAAGCCGCUCAGAGCUUUUACGAAGUCGGGGCUGGGUUGGGUAUCUGGCCCAGGUCAUUCAAGGUUUUACGAAAACUUGGGCAUGACUUAGAACGACAACUAAUUCAGCGCUGCGGUUACGAAUUCACAGAAGGAUAUGUCCCAUGUAUCAAGCACCGUAAAAGUGAUCAAACCGUUGGCUUUCAGCUUUUUGACCUGGUGACAAAAGGCAAUCAAAUGCGUUUUCAUCGAGCUGACUUUCAUGGCGUACUUCUCUCACAUCUCUCGCCGUCUUGUACAACGUACAACGCCAAGCGACUAAAAUCAUAUAUCCAGCCCCGUUCAAGAAAAUCACCAAUCAAGUUAAUAUUUCAGGAUGGAUCGACCGCGACAUGCGAUAUAUUAAUUGGCGCUGACGGGAUCAAAUCCGCAGUCAGAUCCUGCAUGAUGCGUGAAUUGGCUGAGGUCGUGGGCCCCUAUGAAAAGCAGUCUGUGCUCUCGUGCAUUAACCCAGUCUGGAGUGGCGUCACUGCAUACCGAACAUUGAUUCCUGCAGAGAAGUUGCGCGCGCGUUGUCCUAACCACCGCGUCUUUGCGGGAGGGAUUACUCAGUACUUGGGAAAAGAUGCUUUCUUCCUUGCAUACCCAAUUUCUCUUGGGAAAUACAUCAAUAUCGCAGGUUUUACGCUUCAACCCGAUCUCGUUAACACGGCCUAUGAAGCCGAUCCACGAGUGCCUCGUCGGUCUUUCCAAGGGAAGGCUGACAGCGACUGGGUCGGAGAACUCACGGCUGAACAGUUUGUUGAGCCUUUCAAAGACUUCGAAGAAGACGCGAAGCAGCUUCUCAAGUGUGUAGAAAGAGGCACGCUUUGGGCUGUACACACCGUAAAAACAUUACCAUCCACAAACUUCGGGCGAGUUGCACUCUUGGGAGAUGCUGCUCAUGCCAUGCUGCCGUUCCAGGGCGCUGGUGCUGGUCAGAGCAUCGAGGAUGCUUACCUCCUCGCAACUGUUCUUGGACACAAAGCCACGACCUUAGAUACGGUACCUAGGGCCCUUGCCAUAUACGACAAGUUGAGACGGCCAUUCUCAUCAGAUGUGGCUCUACGCUCAAGGUUCAAUGGCCAACUAUGCGCGUUGCAAACGAACGUCCCUCUGCACAGGCUCGGCAAUACAGUCACCAAAAAUUGGGAUUGGGCAUGGCUGACGGAGCUAGAUGAUGCUUUGGAAGAAGCUGUCAAGCUUGUGGAGAACAGUUCAAUCAACAUCGGCUGAUAACAAAGCUAUACAUAUCCGCAUUAUCUAUGUCAUCAAUUCAAGUCGUGUAUUUCUAUAUAACUGUGUCGGAUAAU